AUGACAUCUGAAAUAAAAGAAAACGAGAUUGACACUAGCAAUGAAGAAGUUACACACCUCGAGUUUGUAGGAGAUAGGGCAUCAGAUUAUGACCACGAACUAUUCGUCUCCGAACUUUUAUGCAUUGGUGGAUUAAAAUGGUGUAAGCCAAUUUCUGAUCAGACGAUAGUUGCAAUAGCUCACUCAUGUCCUAAUCUUCGCUAUCUCUCUUUAAAAGGUUGUCAUAAUAUUACAGACGUUUCAGUUAAUAGAUUGUUGCAACAUAUUCAUAAUUUAGAAUACCUUGAACUUGAUCAGUGUAGAUUUAUUACUGAUUCAUCUAUUUGUAAUAUUGCUAACUAUUGCCCGAAACUCGAACAUCUUGAUAUUAGUGCUUCUGAUGCUUCUGACACAACUAUCUGUAAUAUUUUGACAAAUGUUAGUAAAGAUGCAUUGAGUAAACUUAAUCCAAAAAUUAAGAUAAAGCGGGAUUCAGUACUUGACAUGAGGCCAGAAAAAGAACUUAAUGAUCUUCAGAUAACACUAGUCAAUUUAGUACAGUAUUUAUGGUUAACUUAUGCGAAUCUCAAAAAUAUUGUACAAUACUGUGAAGACAAGAUUAAAGAUGAACAUUAUCAAAAGUUAAUUGUGGAAUUGGAACGGGAUAUGAGAGGUAUGGCUGAAAGAUUCAGUUUGAUGAUAAAAAUGUAUGGGCUUAAAGAGAAAAUUAAUUAUCAACUGACAAACCCAGAAUUAGAUACUAAUUAUGCCAUUACUGAGUUUGUUCCACGCGAUAUAAAUAUAGAAGUAAAAAAUUAUCUUCACAUAUGA